AUGAUGACAUUGUAGCUUAACAGAAAGAAAUAAAAGUAUGGCAAUGCACAAGUGAAAGAAUUAUAUGCAUUUUAUAGUAGUUAUAGCUGUUACCGCUACUGUUUACCUAUUCCUUUAACUUCCUUUUUGCGGAUGAAAUAACCAAAGAGACUUUGUUGGUUAAUCGGUCACAUUUUAUUUAUGAAAUGACUUGGAUUGGUAUUAGUCUGGAUAUGGCAAAAUCGUUCUAUUAUAUCGAAUAAGUAUAUUCAAUCUAAUAAGUACGUUGUGUUAGAAUUGAGAAAUUCUAUGGCUCGCAAUAGUAUUCUCUUAUUUAUUACUUGUGCCUAAAUAAUUUUUCUUUUUGCAGUUAAAAUAUGAGGUAUCCAGCAAAAUGUGAGUGGUGCUUAUGAAUGAUGAUUUUGAGAAAUUAGAAUGAAGGCAGUUAUUCUUGUAGGAGGUUUUGGUACUCGGCUGAGGCCAUUGACUCUUAGUGUCCCAAAGCCACUUGUUGAAUUUGCUAACAAGCCCAUGAUUUUGCAUCAGAUUGAGGCUCUCAAGGCUGUUGGAGUGACUGAAGUGGUCUUGGCUAUUAACUACCAGCCUGAGGUGAUGCUGAACUUCUUGAAAGAAUUUGAGACAAAACUUGGGAUUAAGAUUACCUGUUCUCAAGAAACUGAACCACUUGGGACUGCAGGUCCCCUUGCUUUGGCUAGAGACAAGCUGAUUGAUGAUUCUGGUGAGCCAUUUUUUGUUCUUAACAGUGAUGUUAUCAGUGAAUAUCCUUUCAAAGAGAUGAUUGAAUUCCACAAAUCCCAUGGAGGUGAGGCUUCUUUAAUGGUGACAAAGGUGGAUGAGCCUUCCAAAUAUGGUGUUGUUGUCAUGGAAGAGUCGAAUGGCCAAGUUGAGAGAUUUGUGGAAAAGCCUAAGUUAUUUGUAGGCAACAAGAUCAAUGCUGGCAUUUACCUGCUCGACCCUUGCGUUCUAGACAGAAUUCAAUUAAAACCAACGUCCAUUGAGAAGGAGAUUUUCCCAAAAAUUGCUGCCGAGAAAAAGCUCUAUGCUAUGGUCCUCCCGGGGUUUUGGAUGGAUAUUGGACAGCCAAGGGAUUACAUCACUGGUCUUAGACUUUACCUAGAUUCUUUGAAGAAGAGAUCUUCACCGAAACUAGCAUCAGGUUCUCAUAUUGUUGGAAACGUCAUAGUGGAUGAGACUGCGAAAAUUGGAGAAGGAUGCUUGAUUGGACCAGAUGUUGCGAUAGGCCCUGGUUGCGUGAUUGAGUCUGGGGUUAGACUCUCUCGUUGCACUGUGAUGUGUGGAGUCCGUGUUAAAAAACACGCGUGCGUCUCAAGUACCAUUAUUGGUUGGCACUCAACUGUUGGACAAUGGGCUCGUGUUGAGAAUAUGACCAUUCUCGGAGAAGAUGUCCAUGUUUGUGAUGAAAUUUACAGCAAUGGUGGAGUAGUCUUACCUCAUAAGCAGAUCAAAUCUAGCAUCCUGAAACCAGAAAUAGUGAUGUGAGGGUAAUUUCUAGUGCUAGGAAGCAAUAAGUUAGUUUCUUCAAAAUGUGUUUUUUCUUUUCCUUUAUUUGGUUGGUUUUCAAGUUCAUCUUCUUCAAUUGUAAAAGUGGGAAAGUCUUUCAAUUUCGAAGGUUUGCCUGUUUGUAAUUUUCGGUGUAUAUACAAAUAAAGAAUUCUAUUA